AUGCCUAUUAUUCCUGUCGAUAUGUUACAAAUAUCAAAUGCUACCAAUACUCCUGCGAUCGAUGGUGAUGAGGUGCCUGCUGAACCCGAUGAACCGCCAGAUCAUCGCGAUUCGAGAUCCAGACCUUCCUUGAUCACGACCCGUUCUGCGACCCUCCCCCCUCCGGCAUAUGCCAAGACCAAGACCAUCAGCGUGGAUGUGAAGAAGCCAGAAUCGCUCCUCACUCGAGCUCUGCUGAGCAGUCCAGAGCUGACCCCUGUCGAGCCAUCUCCAGCAAAUCUGCAGCCAAUCACGGAGCUGAGUGGGCUGACCACCUCUUCCGCCGUAUCGAAUCGCAGCCUUCCCUCCACAGCCGAGUUGACCAGUGAUAGCGAGACCACCAGCCCUCUUCGUUCCAACACGCCGAGUCCGCCUUUGCAAUAUAACCGGUUGCCGCGGAUUGAUAACCAUGUCAAUAUUCACAAGGGGUCAGCUGACGUUGGCGAAUUGCAGGUGGAAGCGAGCUUGGGCCGCAAACGCUGCAUAACUUUUGCUUGCGGUGGAAGGCUCCUCGAGGAAGAAAAGAAAGCGUCCAGCGAGCCUAUGAAGGAGACGCCCAAGGUGGAACCCGCGAAACGAAAGUCAGCUCUUACGUUUGUUUGUCCUGUGCGUCCAUCUGGUUCCGAUGGAGAGGUUCAAAAGGACGGUGCUGCGAGCCGCAGGAUUCUCCCAGGUUCCCGAGCUAGUCGAUCUCCGGCGCCUCCAACGCUACGCAAGGCUAGCCAGGUAUCCAUAGUUCCUUCUGAGCAGAAAAACCUUUAUGCUGAGGCCAGCCCUGAAAAGACCAGUUCUACAAUCCAAGAGAAAGCGAAGGAUACGUUAGAGCUUUCAGAUGCUGUGCGCUACCAUGAGUUCGGCAGCGAAUCGGAUGAGGAUGACUGGAUGAACCAGGCCACUGACUAUGAGCGGAAGAUCACCAUGAAUGACUGCAUGAGAAAGGAGAUUGCGAUCCGGAAACUCGGUGAAGAGGUAGAGGAAGAGGAUAGACAAGCGGAAGAUAAUGACAACGAAGAUGAAGACGAAGAAGAUGAUGACGAUGAUGAUGACAACAAUGACGACGACGACGUGGAUGUGGAUGUGGAUGUGGAUGUGGAUGAAGAUGGUGAUGACGGUGAUGAUGAGUCUACUGUGCAAGAUGGUGAUGAGCCGGAUGAUGGGAACGAGUCUGAUAAUGAAGCUGGAUUCGCGUCUUCUGACGAAAGUGACGAUUCCGGAGAGUACGGGUUUUGGACCCCUAAGGUCGCAUCUGGCGGAGCUACUGACCAGCAUGGCCUCAGCCGAGGCAUCUCCAGACGGGAUUCAAAUACGUCCGUCGAGUCCCACAGCCAGAGACGUAGCAAGCCUAUCAAGCUCCCCAAAUUUCGCCCAGGUACCCCUACACUGCCUGACAGCACAGAUUUCGUGUGCGGCACCUUGGACGAGGAUAGACCUCUAGAAGCAGCCUACAUUUCAUGCAUGGAAGAACGUCGCCGCUCGAAGCACAUUCCAAUUCCCCAGGAUAUUGACCCAAGCUUCCCUACCUCAGAUCCAGAGGAUGAGGAUGAUGACAACCUAGAAGGCGGUUCCGCUACCAGUGCUAGACCGCAUGGCCGGGGCUCGGGCCCUUUUCAAGGAUUCGAUGAAGAGUGCUUGCGUGGAAGAUCCAAAGGACCUGCCAGCCGCACAAGUCCGAAUCACUCACCGAAACGUCUGCAAUCUCCGCCUCCCCGUCGUCUGUUCGGUCGUUCACCCAAACGUCUGAGGUCACCGCCUCCUGCACGGCUGAGAUCACCUCCUCCAACACGUCGCACAUCUGUCACGCAAGCAUCAGGGAGCGGCGCUUGCCGCGUGCAUUUCACCGGUCUCGCUCAACGACCACACCGGAUUCGGACUUCGUCGCUUCCUCGUACUCCAAAUCCUUACUUUGCCCGUCUUGCCCAGCAUCGUCUAUCCUCUAGGACAUCCUCGUCUUCCCCUGUUCGCGCUUCACGUCGCCGUAAGAAACACACCCGCGGACCGAUCGACAUCGUUGCUGGUCUCGAAAAGAAGCGGGAGAAGCGAAAAGAGAAAUUCUGGCGCCAGCAUUGUCGCAAAGCAGCCAAGGAGCAGCUGGAGCGGAAACGGCCUCUGUGUGGCAAAGGCGCAGAACGUAUGAGAGAGCUUGGCCUUGAAGUUGCGGAGCGGUUCAAAGCCUACAACGUUAUCCAAGAUGCUCAGCUCGUCUUAUCCGUCUGAAUCUUUGAUGUGCCUUCGAAAAGAGCCAUGUCUCUGCAUCCGGCCAAAAGUAAAUAAAACAAAAAAGAAAAGAAAAUCGCAAUGACCGGCCAGAGUUAACUUCUCUCCGCGGGAACAAUUGGCGCUACUUUACAGAUUCACUUCUUUCUUUAACCUUGCCUUUUCUUGUACAUACUCCCCCCUUCCUCCUCCUUUUCUUUUUUUCCUAGUCGCGAGAUAUACAGCCUUGCAUCCUUUUCUCUUUUAUUCCCUUUGCUCUCUUUUUUUUCCUUUUUUUUUUUAAAUGCAGAGGCUCUGUAUUCCUUUUUAAUACUAGGUUUGGCUUGGGAACGCGAUACCUUCUCGGCACUGAGGCAGAGGGCUUUGCUAGUCUACAGGUUUAAAUGGGGGAAAGGGGGAUUGUCUACUUGAUGGUUUUGCCGAUGCUCUUGAUAAAGAUUGCUUUUAUCCUCCUUUUUAAAGUCUGGAAGGUUUCGUUGAAUGCGAAAAUAUUAUAUUUGUAGGUAGCCGCCGAGCGAAUGCAUACAUAAACACGCAGAA